CAGACCACUACAGACCACUACAGACCACCUACAGACCACUACAGACCACCUACAGACAACCAACAGACCACCAACAGACCACUACAGACCACUACAGACCACUACAGACCACCUACAGACCACUACAGACCACUACAGACCACUUACAGACCACUACAGACCACCUACAGACAACCAACAGACCACUACAGACCACUACAGACCACUUACAGACCACUACAGACCACUACAGACCACCUACAGACCACUACAGACCACCUACAGACCACCUACAGACCACUACAGACCACUACAGACCACUACAGACCACCUACAGACCACUACAGACCACCUACAGACCACUACAGACCACUACAGACCACCUACAGACCACUACAGACCACCUACAGACAACCAACAGACCACUACAGAACUUACAGACCACCUACAGACCACUACAGACCACCUACAGACCACUACAGACCACUACAGACCACCUACAGACCACUACAGACCACUACAGACCACUACAGACCACCUACAGACCACUAC